CUGGCGGGACUACCAAAUACAAGAUGGUGGGGAAAAAAGACAUUUCGUGUUCAGAUUUGUCUGUGAAAGAUGUGUCAUACCCGUAUUGUCGUCUUGCCUAGAGCUGAUCCUAACAUCGCUCUAGGGAGACCGGCGUUCCAAUCAUCCGUCGGGUGGAAUGGGUCAGCCGGCCGUGGCGUGGACGGAAACACCUAUUCUCACUACUUUACUGACCAGUGGGUGGACUCUGGAUCCUGUCUCCACACGGAGUUCGAACACAACCCCAUGUGGUGGGUUGAUCUCGGACAAUCGUUUCCAAUUAACAGGGUGGUUAUCUUCAACCGCCAGGAUCCCUGUUGUUGGGACCGAGUCAACCCCUUCAACAUCCACAUCGGGGAGUCCGGCAAUGCCACCGACAACCCCAAGUGCGGAGGUGACCAUCAACUCGACCGCGUGAACCAGCCGUCCAUUUCCGUCCCGUGCCAGGGGAUGACGGGACGGCACGUCGGGGUUCGUCUUCCCGGGUACCACCGGGCACUGUCCCUGUGCGAGGUCCAAGUCUUUUCAGAUUCAGGGUGGUUAUCUUCAACCGCCAGGAUCCCUGUUGUUGGGACCGAGUCAACCCCUUCAACAUCCACAUCGGGGAGUCCGGCAGUGUCACCGACAACCCCAAUCGUCUUGCCUAGAGCUGAUACUAACAUCGCUCUAGGGAGACCGGCGUUCCAAUCAUCCGUCGAGUGGAAUGGGUCAGCCGGCCGUGGCGUGGACGGAAACACCUAUUCUCACUACUUUACUGACCAGUGGGUGGACUCUGGAUCCUGUCUCCACACGGAGUUCGAACACAACCCCAUGUGGUGGGUUGAUCUCGGACAAUCGUUUCCGAUUAACAGGGUGGUUAUCUUCAACCGCCAGGAUCCCUGUUGUUGGGACCGAGUCAACCCCUUCAACAUCCACAUCGGGGAGUCCGGCAAUGUCACCGACAACCCCAAGUGCGGAGGUGACCAUCAACUCGACCGCGUGAACCAGCCGUCCAUUUCCGUCCCGUGCCAGGGGAUGACGGGACGGUACGUCGGGGUCCGUCUUCCCGGGUACCACCGAGCCCUGUCCCUGUGCGAGGUCCAAGUCUUUUCAGAUUCAGGGUGGUUAUCUUCAACCGCCAGGAUCCCUGUUGUUGGGACCGAGUCAACCCCUUCAACAUCCACAUCGGGGAGUCCGGCAAUGCCACCGACAACCCCAAUCGUUGGUGGUACAUUUGUGUAA